ACAAUUAAUCACCAGCUAUAAAUCAACCCCAUUUGCCCCGUCUUCUCAUCGUCCUCAUCAUUAUCUCUCGCACAGUCUUUCAGCUUCAGGAACUUCAAUUUUCAGAGAAACUAAAGGUUGAUUGAAAAUGUCUGGACGUGGAAAGGGAGGAAAAGGAUUAGGAAAGGGAGGAGCAAAACGACACCGUAAAGUCCUUCGUGAUAACAUCCAAGGUAUCACAAAGCCAGCAAUUAGGCGUUUGGCUCGUAGAGGAGGAGUGAAGCGUAUCAGUGGACUCAUCUAUGAGGAGACACGUGGCGUGCUCAAGAUCUUUUUGGAGAAUGUGAUUCGUGAUGCUGUAACUUACACUGAGCACGCUAGGAGAAAGACCGUGACUGCUAUGGAUGUUGUGUACGCGCUCAAGAGACAAGGAAGGACUUUGUAUGGGUUUGGAGGUUAAUGGGAAACAUUGAUUUUUGACUUUUGUUUUGUCUGCAAAAGUCUUUCUGUCAAGAAAAGAACUAGAAUGGUUACUAUAUGGUAUAUUGGGUUUGUUUUGCUUUUGAUUAGGGAUCUGCUUUGGUGUAAUUAGUUUGGUUACAACGGUGAUAGGCUUCUUUGGCAGUAGUAUUGGUCGUUAUUGUAAGCUGAAUUUGGUGGAUACUUGUUUCAGUACUUCUGAAAUUUGUUUUAUUGCAAUGAAUAUUGGUAACUGGUUCAGUUUCACCAUUCCCUUUCA